CCUCCAAAUUCAGUCAGCCCAAGAAUCUGUUCCUUUAGCAAGUAAGCAAACCCUCUCCUGGAAAAUCCGCCUCCUAAUUCGCGAUUUCCAGAGGUUGGACGAAAGAGGAAGAAGAUCCGUGGCUGUAAACUAUGAGCAAUUUGCGAACACUCUGCAGCAGGCCGACCCACAGUCUCUUCACCUCCUUCAUCCGUUGCGGCAGGCACCAGCCUCGCUCCAGAGUUAGGGUUUCCUUCCGAAGCCGCGAUUCCAAGUUGCCGAAUCCAUUAGCUUCAUCUUCGUCGUCGGCGUGUUCUUCCUUCUCUCCCUGGCUCCAUGGUCAUCAUAACAACGAUCCCUGGUCCCGUGCGAAGCAGAAGAGAACCGUCGUCAAGGCGUCUGAUUGGGUGGACGAGAUAUCUCCUUACGAAACCCUCGAGUUGGAAGGGGAUGCCGAUGAAGAGCAAAUUAAGGUGGCUUACAGACGCUUGGCGAAGUUCUACCACCCAGAUGUCUAUAACGGGAGAGGGACAUUGGGGGAAGGUGAAACGGCUGAAGCUAGGUUCAUCAAGAUUCAAGCUGCGUAUGAGUUGCUCAUGGACCGGGAUAAGAGAAGGCAGUAUGAUAUGGAUAACAGGGUCAAUCCUAUGAAGGCAUCACAAGCAUGGAUGGACUGGCUGAUUAAGAAGCGAAAAGCUUUUGAUCAACGCGGGGAUAUGGCAAUCACUACGUGGGCUGAACAGCAGCAGCGUGAAAUAAAUCUUCGUGUGAGGCAGCUUUCUCGUUCGAAGAUCGAUCCAGAUGAAGAGCGACGUAUCUUGGCGAAGGAGAAGAAGGCAUCGGCAGAAUACUUCAGCACGACAAUGAAGCGGCACACGCUCAUCUUGAAGAAACGGGACCUGAUGAGGAAGGGAGCAGAGGAAGAGAAGAAAAGGCUUAUCAGCAAGCUUCUAGCUGCAGAAGGCCUCGAGCUGGACACGGACAAUGAUGGUGGACAGAAGUAGCUAAGUUAAUUCGAAUGUGCUGAAGAUUAACAAAGUUCAACACAUUUUAGAGUACAUGUUAAUAUUUCAGGUGAUCACUUAUACAAGCUUGGGCCUCAUAAUCUGUACAAAUUGUAAAAACAGGAAAGAAAUGGAAUAGAAGCAACAAUGGAUGGAUGUACAGUACAAAUGUACAAUGUAUUGUUACCUCUUUAAUUUAAGAAAUGAUUCAUGUCCCUUUGAAACUCUCUCACCACCAACAGGCAAAGUGAGAAUUUCCAGAGAGGAAAGAUCUGGAAAACGAAGCUCAACCAAUUUCCUUACCUUUUCCAUAAAAUUAAAACGUCGGGUGCUUGAAAACACGCCCUGCGUUCACGAUGUGAUUUUUCAUUUUAGUCUAUCAGCAUUGUUACUCGAUUAAGCUAGCACCAAAUAUCCCUUUUUGUACCACCAAUUACACCACCACACAUGGUACAUAAUACGCGCAACUUCUACAUUAAACAAAAUGGUACAUAAUACGCGCAACUUCUACAUUAAACAAAAUGUUAAGUA